UUGGGGGAAAAUACGGGUUUUGCCAUAAUUGUCUUUUUAAACGAGUGUUUUUCUGCAAAUAUUUUCGUGUAAAAAGUAUAGGAUUAUGCAUCAUGAGAAAUUUUAAUUAUUUUUGUAAUCCUUGCAAAUGAUGUCGUUUUCAUUUGGCAAAAAUUUAUUCAAAAUGAUUGACAUAUAUUGUAUUUUUAGUUUCUGCAGUGGUCUUCCUAUACUCAAAUUUUUCCAAAUAUUUUUAUUUUUUCAUAUGAAAAUUUAUUUUUGAAGUAUAUAUAAUAUCACCCACAGCUUCUAUUAACGGUAAGACAGUUAAAGAGCUGGUGAUCCGAUAAAAAUACCUCCGAGUCCAAAGGACAACCAUACCUCUUCCUCUCCCAUUUCUUUAUAAAAACCCUAAUUCUCACAAAUCUCCAACAUUCAAUUAACAAAAACCAUAUUAUCUAAGCUGACAACAUAAGAUUCAAUUAUUAACGUUAUCAUAGUCAAUAAUGGCAGAUGAUGAUCCACAAGAUAAGGCCGAACGCGAGCGGAUCUUCAAGCGUUUCGACGCCAACGGUGAUGGAAAAAUCUCCGCCUCGGAGCUUGGAGACGCCUUGAAGGCGCUCGGCUCCGUUACGCCAGACGAAAUCCAGCGAAUGAUGGCUGAGAUCGACACUGAUGGCGAUGGCUUCAUUUCUUUCCAGGAAUUCACGGAUUUUGCACGUGCCAACCGGGGCCUAGUCAAGGAUGUUGGCAAAAUAUUCUAAAAUAGAAAAAAUAAAAUUUGUUUUGUUAGUUAAAAUUACAUAAAUUUGUUUUUAAAGAUAUAUUUGAUAUUUAUAUUAAUAUAUGUGGGGUGAUUGAUAACACAAGUUGGGCUUUGCAGGCUAGUGAAGAUAGCAAGCUGGUUACAUAUAAUGCUUUGUAAGAUGAAUUAAAAUUAUUUAAUUGUCGUGAUCCAUAUAUGUGAAAGUUGUAAUUGUGUCUUUAUUUAUAAAAAAA